AUGUUUUCAAUUGAGACAAAAACAGAAGAAAAAGAAACACUUGGAACAGAAAGAGAACCUAAAGUCCUAAUUAUAAGAGAUAUAAAAAAAAUUGAAGACCAGAAAAAGAUCACACGCAACAAGGGGUUGCUUAUGGCUAUUGUGCAAGGGAGAUGGCGGAAAGUAGAAUCCACACUCGAACAAGAUAAAGCCGCAGCCACAGAGGCAAUAAACAGUGAUUGCAACACCGUGCUUCAUAUAGCCGUUGGAAUAGGUCAUAACUUUCUCGUCAAUGAAAUUGUUAGACACUCAUAG